UCCUAUGAGAUAAAAUUGUUUGUGAAUAUCUUAACUAUUGCUUGUGUCACGAUAAUAAUUCGUGUAGUUUACAUCAGUCCGUUCAAUUUAAAUCGUUGUGAGACAUGGUGUAUCUCCGACAAUUAAAUCCGAGAAACGACCAGUAAAGGCGUAUACUACAUCACGAGAAACAAGUUUCAAGCGAGAUCGCAUGGUGUAAAUCAUUUAAAAUCACGGACAAUCUGAAAAAAUUACAAGAAUGUCGAACGAACGUACAAUUAGUAUCGUCACUCUUCCAGAUAAACCAACAGAAGAGAAUAAAAUUGAUUCAAUAACAGAUAUAGAAAAUAAAACGGAGAAGUCUGCAAAUUUCGAGAGAGCCAUUACCGCAGCUGGUUAUGGAAAGUUUCAAUAUUUUCUUCUUCUAUCAAUUAUUCCUGUGUCAUGGUCAACAAGCCUUAACACUUCCAGUGUUGGGAUCAUUCUUCCUUCUGCAGAAUGCGAUCUGCAAAUAACUUUCUAUCAAAAGGGUGUCCUAACUGCUAUCGUAUACAUAGGAAUGGUCUGCAGCGGUACUCUAUGGGGUUAUAUAGCGGAUGUCAAAGGUAGAAGAACCGUUUUCCUCUUUGGUUAUUUAGCUGACGGUAUAUGUAACAUUUUGUCAGGAUUCUCGCAAAAUUUCUGGAUGCUGUUAUUUUUUAAAUUCCUUAACGGUUUCAUUAUAAGCGGUCCUCACGCUUCCAUCGUGGCGUACUCUUCUGAAUUCUAUGGAAACAAAGGAAGAGGGAAAAUACCAUUACUGAUCGGUUUUAGCAUCACACUUGGAAAUAUCGUAAGCUCAGCGCUCGCGUUGAUCAUCAUUCCUCAAGAGUGGUCCAUCGUUCUUUGGGACGGAGCAUUUGUCUACAAUUCCUGGAGAUUUUUCUUAUCUGCCUGUAGUAUACCAAUACUGAUCGGUGUUGUUUGUCUCUUCAUGUUUCCGGAAAGUCCAAAGUUUCUCAUGUCGCAGGGUCGUAUGGACGAUGCGUUGAAAGUUUUCCAGAGGAUUUACAGCAUAAACACGGGCAAACCGCCGAAAGAAUAUCCGAUUCAAUAUUUACGAAACGAUCCUCCUUCCACGGAAGAAUCGAGUAAUGCUGAUCACGAUGGAAAUAUGAAGAAGAAAGUAAUUUUCACUAAUCCAUAUUUGUCUCGACUUUUUUCGGUCAUUGUCAUGCAAUUCGGGUCGAUGUUUGCAACCAAUACGUUUCGAUUGUGGCAACCCCAAUUGUUCACGAUCCUAGAAAAUUUCGAUCCAUUGAGUUACAAUCUGACAGCAGAACACGAAUUUACAUUUUGCGAAAUUUUGGAUUUCACAACCUCUUCUGAAAACAUUGCAGAAAACGCGACGUGUAAAAACAUUGUUGUCAAUGAGUCUGUUUACGUAAACACAAUCAUUGUAUCUAUUUUAGGAAGCUUUUUUCUUCUCUCGAGUAGCUUCAUACUGAAUUACUUGAGACAUAAAAUCUUAUUAGCUAUUUGUUACGGAAUAUCGCUAAUAUGUAUAAUUAGUCUCUAUUGGUCAUCUAAUUCGUUAUUAACGUUAUUGUUGUCAAGUUUCUUCAUUGGAUUGACGAAUAAUACUCAAAAUAUCAUUAUUUCUGCAACUGUCAUCAUGUUCCCAACUUCUUUAAGGGCGAUCGCAGUAAGUUUCGUAAUGAUGGUUGGAAGAAUAGGGUCGAUCUGUGGAAAUAUUCUCUUCCCAAUUCUUCUGGCGCAAGGAUGCUUUGUACCGAUGAUCCAGUUGGCGUGCUUCAUAUUAUUUUGUUCUAUUUUAACGUGUUAUCUACCUUUGUCCAAAAAGGAAGCGAAAAAAUAAGGAAAGUCUCGAAUUUUAUUUUCGUUCACUUCUGAAUACUCGAAACGAUUUUUCAAUAAAAAUCAUCAAACUCACUACACGAAUAUAUUAAUAUCAUAUAAGAGCAAUUCAAUCAAAGGUCGAAAGUCUGUAAAAUAAAAUAGAUUUAUACGUGACUCGAAUAAAUUGCCAAUAAAGAAGUUUCUAUUUCAUACAAUA